AUGAACAUCGAUCCGGCAAAAGAGCUCCGAAUCGGCCUCCAUCGGGCCCAGCACGGCAACAUGUCAGCGGCUGCUUCGAUUGGGCGGGAGGCGUCGGAGGCGCUGCUACGGGGGAUGAUCUGGACAACAUUUGUCGACCCCGGAGACGCAGAAGUAAACUUCCAUCGUAGCACCCUCUUCGCGAAGUUGCGGCUGCAGCCCGAAAGCGCUGACAUCAACUGCUCCUGCUGUGCAGCGCGACUCUUCUCCUCGAAGGCACUUCGUGUGGUCGAUUCUCCACGUCCGUUGCUUGAUGAGUGCCCUCCAGGCUCGCUGCUGAUACGGGCAAGGUAUGCAUCCUUGUGUGGCUCUGACAUUCCGUACUUCCGGGACAUGACGUCUCGGGCGGCCAGCUGCUAUUGGGAUCGUGACGGCUUCUGUGGCCACGAGGUGGUAGGUGAGGUCUUGGCGUCCAGCUCCGAAAGGUUUGCCAAAGGAGACACCGUCCUCUCCCUGCCGUCCUCCUAUUUUAAGGCCCACGUUGCGUCGCAGCAAGAGUGGUACAACGAGGCAGUGCAUGGUGUGCUCCUCACAAAUUUCCCAGUGCGCGGGGGCUUCAGUGAAAUAUUCACCAGCCACGAGCUUUGCACUUACAAGAUCAAGGAGUGUGUUCCACACAUGCUGGCAGCCCAAGCUGUGGGAACCCUCCUGCGGAUGUUCAGGAGAUUACCACCCUUCUUCGGCAAGAGCGUUGUAAUUCUGGGGCAGGGCCAAAAUGGUCUAAUGGCUACCCGCUUGGUCGCCCAGCUCUGCGCUAGGCACAUUAUCGCCGUGGAGCCAUUAGCCUUCAGACGUCGUCUUGCGGAACAGUUCGGUGCGACCAAAGCUGUUGCGCCGGAGGAUGCCGCUGCAGCCGUUGCUGCAGUCACUGGCGACCGAGGGGCAGAUGUGGUGCUAGAGAUGGUUGGCCAUAACCAGGCUACGAUCAAUGAUGCUUUGGAGCUUGUGGCGAAGCGUGGUACCGUGGUUGCAUUCGGUGUGCCGGAUGAUGCGGUUUACAGCACAUUCCAGUUCGCCAAAUUCUUCCGAAAGAAUGUGACUUUGAUGUCCUCCGUGAUACCAGAUCCAGGCGUGGACUUCCCAGAAGCCGUGGAGCUCCUCGAGCGGGGCAGCUUCAGCACCGAAGGCAUCUUCACUCAUGUCCUCCCUCUCGCUGAAAUUCAAGAAGCCUUUACGCUUGCUUCAGAGUAUCGCGAGAAUGUGGUGAAAGUUGUUAUCGACUUCCAGUGA